GUCAUAGUAGGUGGGAUGCCGCACUAGCAAGAAGUCUGGAGCCAGUGGACAAAACAUUUAACAUUUGAUGCAGAACCACAUGACUGUUGACGAAUAUAUUUUUUAUUCUGGUGUUUUUAUGUUAGUGCCUUUUGAAGAAAACUAAAUGUAAUAGUCAAUUUGCCAGUAUUUGGUUAGCAUCACCAGCCGUAGCAAAGGACACCUGCGUCACUGACACGUAACUGAAGUGGCGAGGAGAAAACACAUCGGGGCUUCUCCAAAGCUACUGGUGGGCGGUGUUGGACGAGGAGAGAUCCGACCAGCCGGAGCGACCGUGCCCGCGGCCCCCCGCCGCCAUGUCCAGACGCAGCCUGAGGAUUCACACGCCCCCCCAUGAGCGGGGCUCGCCCUAUGGCAGCGCCUCCUUCAGCCUGGGCGUGCCACCCAGGAGUGAACAGACGCCGUCGAUCAAAAACUCGUCCAAGUCAUUGCGGCGUCCACGCCUGUCGGUCUCCUGCUCGCAGUCUCUCCUCCAGACGCCCCGCAGACCCUCCCUCCACCAGCAGCACCUCGACAGCAGCCUCCACAGCGUGGCCUCGGACGCCUCCCUCAUCUCCUCCAUGCUGGACGAGUCCUCCUACCAGGAGAGGACCCUAAUGGACAGUUACUGGGGUUUGGACGACGAUGAAGAUCCACAAGACAGUACGAUCCUCCUGGAGCACAGCACCGCUCUGUCCAACAGCACGCUGGUCGGCAGCGGAGACGGACGCUGCCACAGCAUCCCGGCCCAGACGCAGACCUCCAUGGUCAACGGCCACCCCUGCAGGGACUACUCCCUGCCCGCAGAGAGGAAGCAGGGCCCCAGCGCCCUUCACAGCUCCACCAAGUUCCCCAACCCCAGCGCCAGACUCCCCGUGGGGCCGUCGUCAGCGCUGUACUCCGGUGCCCAGCACCAGGGGACCUCGGUCAGUCCGGCUGCCACGUCCCCCACCUCGAUCAUCUACUGCAGGGACAAGAGCCGCAAGGGGAAGCCGGGUGUGUUUGUGUCCAUGUGGGACUCUGUGAGGCGUGUAUGCAGGAAGACGGCAGCCUCCCUUGCUCUGCUCCUCACACUGAUUUACAAAUACGUGCUGCUCAAGAUGCACCUGGACCAUGAAGGUGUUGUGCCUUGGAUCCUGGCCGUUGGCAGAGAGGCCAAGGUCUCUGCCGUGUCGAUUUCGAACCUAGGCUUGCAGGUCUUCCGAAGGUCAGGCUCGCAGGUCAGGCAGGCUGUCCUGCAUGGCUGGGACCACUGGCGCUUGAGACCUGCUGAUGCUGGCAUAGGAAAAUUGGGUAAUGGAGCCUCCUCCAAGUCAGGUGGAGACAUGGAUUCAGCGGGCCUGGGUGACCAGAAACAGAACAGCUCUCUGUCAGGUGACGACCCCAAGGACAAGCCGACACAACCACCUACCAUCGUCGCCUCCUCUUCAUCGCCGUCAUCCUCACCAUUUUCAUCAUCAGACUCCUUUCUGUCUUCGGUUCUCUACUUGUUGUUGGGCUUGUUGUGGAUUGCCUCGUCCUCUGCAGGGCAGGUAGGAUCCAGUGUGCUGCGCUGGCUGGAGAGAGGAUGGUAUCACACUUCCUCCUUCAUGUCCCUCCUCAAGAACUUCCUCCUGGUCUGGUGCCUUCCAAAUCUAUUCAGGAUUGCACUGCUUCUCCUCCUGUUACUUCUACUGUCUGCCCUCCUGGGGUGGUGGGACCCCAGAGACGUGCUGUCCUCCAUGCUGCCUGUUGACGGGUCAGACUGGAGGGACGUCCUUCCCCUGACCAGCUUCCCCGGCCUGGCCGCCAUGCUGAAGCCUCCCCUGGAGGGCAGCGGACAGGCUGCCCCCAGCCCCCCGGACCAGGCUGCCCCCAGCCCCCCGGACCGGUCGACAGACCUCCAGGUCUUCACUGAACCUCCUCCUCAUCUUCUGCCUCCUGCCAUGGAAGAGGAAGAUGAAGCAGGAGAGGGCGAAGAGGCCUCGUCGGGGGACUCUGAGCGUCUGUGGCUGCUGGAGCAGAGUCUGGCCCAGCUGUGGGAGCACGUAGAGGACAGCGGGCACCGGGCGGAGCGGAUGCACGGCGAGGUGCUGGGGCUGUACCAGGGCCUCCGGCGGCAGCAGCAGCUGGUGGUGGUGGAGCCGGACCAGGCGGAGGCGGACCGGGCCAGUCUGGAGCCCUGGCUGGACGGACUGCUGGAGGACAAGCUGGCUGAGAUGAAGCUCAGGCUGGAUGAGGACCGGUUGCACAGGGAGCAGACUCGAAAGCAGUAUAUGGCUCAGCAGAAGAGCCAGGCAUUCCGUAUGGCUGAACUGGAACAACUUCUGCAAGCCCUCACAGCUAAGAUGGAGGAGGUGCAGCAGAGACAGGAGGCGGUUGCUACGACGACGGCAACCCUUCGGCCAACUUCAGCCUCGAGGCAGCAGACAUCGGUCAGCGGUGUGGACAGCGAGUUCCAUGAUGCAUUGCGGUCUGAUGUCUCCCGGCUGGAGACGGCACUGGGGGAUGUCCGACAGGACCUGAACGGACUGAGAGGAUGUCAGGACCACUGUCACCGUCUGGACAACAUCCAGGAGACGCUCUUCUCCCAGGUGCGAGCCCAGGUGAGGGAGGAGCUCAGGGCCCUGUUGUACGGCAACCAGCUGGUGUCCCUCUCCCAGACGGACUCCCCUGACGACGGCGCUGACGACCCGGCGGCCCUCCCCGACUCGCUGCUGGAGUGGCUGGCCGAGCGCUACGUCAGCGGGGCCGACCUGCGAGCCUCGCUGGCCUCCCUGGAGCUCAGCAUCCUGAGGAACGUCAGCAAGCAGCUGGAGCAGCGGCUGGAGCAGCGCCGCGGGGAGCAAGUAGACGAGGAGGAGGAGGAGGAGGAGGAAGACGACCACAACCAACGCCAGACUGUGGUGACGCAGACUGUGGUGGACUCCCUGAAUGCGGCCGGGGCCGGAGUGACAGAGGAGGAAGUGCAGCUGAUGGUGAGGAACGCCCUCAGACUUUACUCCCAGGACCGCACCGGCCUAGCGGACUACGCCCUGGAGUCUGGAGGUGGCAGCAUCUUAAGCACACGCUGCUCGGAGACCUACGAAACCAGGACUGCCCUGCUCAGCCUGUUCGGUCUCCCUCUGUGGUAUUUCUCCCAGUCACCUCGAGUUGUCAUCCAACCAGACGUCCAGCCGGGGAACUGCUGGGCGUUCAGGGGCUCCACGGGCUACCUGGUGAUCCGUCUGUCCAUGAAGGUCCAGCCCACGGCCUUCACCCUGGAGCACAUCCCCAAAGCCCUGGCCCCAAGCGGGGCCCUGCGCAGCGCACCGCGGGACUUCACCGUCUACGGUCUGGAUGACGAGGGCCAGGAGGAAGGGCAGCUAUUGGGCAGUUACUCUUAUGAAGAGGAUGGAGAAGCGAUGCAAACAUACCACGCAACCGAGGAGAAUGAGCAAGCCUUCCAGAUCAUUGAGGUGCGCAUUCUUUCCAACUGGGGCAACGAGGAGUACACGUGUAUGUACCGGCUCAGGGUGCACGGUAUACCCAGCAACGACUGAGGAGCCAGUCCCUCCCUCUCGUUCUCCCUCCCUCCCUCUCUCCCAUCACUACUUCAGUUCCGUGUCGAACUACCCUAUAUGGAAGUGGAGUGGACCAAUGUAAUACUUGUUCCUGUUCUUUAAGAACAUGAGUGUUGGUGUUCUUUAAGAAUAUGACUGUGUGUGCACUGUCCAGUGGAUGGGUCGGAUGUUACUGGAGCUGGAAUCCCUUUUUGAAUGGCGUCGCUGUGUCUUGCAACACAUCCAUUUGUGUUUAUUUUUAUUAUGAACUAGUCUGAACACCACAAUUUUGGAUGGUAAACAUCCUGACAUUUGUCAAAGGACCAGAAUCAGACUCUCGCACACCAGAGAGAAAGCAUGGGGAAAUUAGAUGAUCUCUGAUAUAUUAUAUACAGGACCUUUACAGACUGAACUGGGAUUUGUAUUGGCUUUAUUGUAAUUUAGCUUUUUUUGUCAGCACUAAGGACUUUGGUCCAACAAAUGUGGUUUCCCUUCAAUGUGGUGAAGAAUGAGUGAAUGUGACCACCUGCCAACAUAUGGUAGCAAGUACAUGGAAAAGUAGGUUUUGCCAAAGCCCCAGAGAUUGCAUGAGGAACUGCAGUCAUGGCAUGAACGCCAAAUUAAUGUAGGCUUCUUGUCUAUAUUAAUUAUCUAUUUUAAGAGUACUAAUAUAUCUGUCAGUGUUGCUUUUUGGCAAUUCAUAUUUAUUUUAAUAGUAGUUUCAGCAGAAAUAUAAGAAUGUAAAUCUAUAUGUACGAAUGCUUACUGGAAGAGUUUUAUAUUGUUUAUCUAUAAGUGCCCACUGUAAUUUAGACAUUUUAAAUUAUUUUGUUGUCCCAAGUUUGUUCUCAAGCAGGAAGCUUUGUAAAUUAUUUUGUGACUAGUGUCAAACAUUUUGUAAAGCCUCUUGAAACUUUUUUUCUACUGUACAUGUGUUUUUUAUUAUUUUCAGAAGGGUUGUAAUAAAGAUCUGAUAUUUGAAUA